UUCAUUGUCGCCACUUGGUACAGGCCACUGUGCCGUAGCCCACUAUCACUCUCCCCCCCGUCCCUAAGCUGCACAGCUCCCUACAACCCGACUGAGCCUGUCUGACAGAGAAAACAAGACAGUGUGUAUGUGUGAGUCUGUGUGUGUGUGUGACACAGAGAGGCAGCUGAGAUGAGAGUGUGAAGCAGUGAGAGGGAAAACCUAGAAAGAACAGCAAAGGCAAUCAGAAAGAGGGGGGGGGGGCGUCAGCAAACACAGCAAAAAGGCAGAGCAGAGUAGAAGAAAGAGAGGAGAAGAGAAGACGGGAGGUGGAGGAAGGGUAAUGUAAAUCUACUGUCUUUGGUGCCAGAGUCAAGAGAUGCAAUGACUAGAUGACCAGCCACUACACACACCAGCAUCCUGUCCUGGAGCCUUGACAGGAGGGGACAAGAUAAAAUUCACACACACUCUAAGGCAAACACUCUCUUCAACCAAUCCCACAUCUACUGGAUCAUGUCGUCUACUGGGUCAACCAACCACAACAAACGACUGGCAUCGGAGACAGACAACUCUCAGAGGGUGUUAGACAAUGAUUCUGCCCAGCACCUGAGGAUGAGGGAGAGACAGCGCUUUUUUGAAGAGGUCUAUCAGCAUGAUGUUGACAACUACCUGCCGUCUACUCACCUGCAGAUCGACUGCAGGAAACCUCCUAUGGGCAGUAUCUCAUCUAUGGAAGUGAAUGUGGAUGUCCUAGAGCAGAUGGACCUGAUGGACAUAUCCGACCAGGAGGCUCUCGAUGUGUUUCUCAACUCAGGCACUGGAGCAGGCGAGGGAGUGCCGGCAUCCCCAUUACCAGAGUGUGAGGAUGAAGACGAAGAUGAGGAGGAUGAGGAUGCAGAGGUUGUCUACAGGGAGCGUGCGCCUCUAAAACGGCAAAAUGAAGUUCGCAGCGGCUCAAAGUCUCGCAUGUCCUCCACGUCAUCUGGCUCCAGCAACACCAGUGGGGCCGGAGCUGACACACCUGUGAUCCAGUCAGAUGACGAGGAGGUCCACGCCGACACUCUGCUGCUGACCUCUGUUCCCCAAACCAGGGAUGAAGAAUCAGAGGAGGAAGAUGAGGAGGAGAGGUGCCUUGCAACUAAAUCCUCAUGAAGACUGAAUUUUACUCUGUGUAGAGAUACACAGAGAAGGCAAAGGUGUCUGAGAUCUCGCUCUCUUUCUCACUUCUCUGUCUCUCUACAUUUGCAUUCCUUUCUUUAGGGGAGAACCCUAGCAUGGUCGACCUGGCUGUGAUUUGUUGUGUCUUUUGAAUGUUUUCCUGAGUACCUUGGAUUUUGUCUUUACAAGUUAAAGCCUACUGUAUUUUUCCUAGUAUCUAUUAAAUACUCUUUGCUUUCUUUUGAAGUUACGCAGUGUCCUGAUAUUUUAUGCAAAUUGUGUGAUUCAUAUACCUCCCAUGCCCCAACAUGUUUUGGCAGCGACAGAACACUUAUCAGUUCUGGUUUUGUUUCUUUUAUUACCAGAGGCAAAUCUCCCUCAUGCCCAUCUUGUGACUUGAAAUCACAGGUGCUGAACAGCCAUGUGAAACCUGAGAGUUCCAGUGCAUCUUUCCUUAGACUUUCUAGGUAAAAACCCCAGUGAGAGAAAGAAAAAACAUACUGUAGUACCUGAACAAAUGCAGACACGUACAAAGAAAAGGGAAAUCCAUGGCACCUUUAAAUUCUAAUUAAACCUUUUAAACUUUUACUAUGACUACUAUUUUGAUUACCUUGGAUUUUCCUUUCAUUUAUUGCCAUGUAGAUUACAAAAGAAGACACCCUCAGAGGAGCUACCAGACCUUCGUAUGAAUACAAGAUCUGCUCUGUGACAUGGUUCACAUCAAGUUUAGUGAGCUAUUUAGUCUAUUGUUCCAUGAUUAUGCUGUCAGUUUUUUGUGAAAAUGGCUUUUAAGUGAGCAUUUAAAACAUUAGGACUAAACACUGACAGCUCUUGACAGCAGGGCUUAAAGGGCGAUCUGUACAUCACGCAUCCUUAUCUUGUGUUUUCAAAGGAUCAACGUGAGGCAGAAAUGAGUCACAGUGAGCAAAACCCAACAGGAAGUUUUAUUGUCUCCAACAAUGUUAUCAUUAUUUGAUUGCCGUGUGCAUGUGCAAGCUAUUUACAGUAUCAUGGAUGGAACUGUGUUUGUAAAUGCAUGCCAUUUUGUUCCUGUUAGUACUUCAUAUUUUCAGUUACAUAUCUACAAAGUGUUGCAUUACCAGACUAUGCAGGUGACACCUGUACCUAAAACCAAGUUACUCCUCUCAUCUAUGUGAGAUGUAAUUUGAGUACUGGAUAUACAGUAUGCAAAUGAUCGCGUGAUGAAUGAGUGAUUUGUUUGGUUAUACACAGUGUACAGUAAGUGCGUCUGUUUGUAUGGAUGUGAGCAUGUGUGCGUGGAUUUGUGGAUAGUCAACCUUACCAAGCAACAUUUUUACAGAGUUACUCAUUAUGUGUAUCUAUUAAUCAUUUCAACUUGCUAUGAACUAAAUAAAAAUAAAGCAGACGGAAAAUUUA